CAAAUCCGACCGGGCGGUGCUCCCGCCCGCGUCUACAUGAACGAGAAGAUCGUACCGUAUCUGCUCGAAGGGAUGAAGAGCGUCGCGAAGGAACAACCCCCGAAUCCCCUCCGCGUACUCGGCGAAUUCCUGAUUCAGAAAAGUAACGAACUCGAG